AUGUUGUGCUGGCAGCCUCUGCCUCACCAGCUUGUCACCUCGGACCGGGACAGAGAGACCUCGGCCAAGCUGGCCAAGCUCCCCUGGAGGACAUUGGCACGGCUGGCUGCAAAAGGCCUGCUCUGCCCCACACAGCUCCUGCCAGCACACGUGCUAAUCUUCCUUAACCUGACGUCUCAUACGUGGUUUUGGAAUACAAUUCAGAAUGAUUUCAUGAAUGGGAAUGUUGAUUUAGAGGGCUGCAGGAGGCUGCUUGAAAAAAUGCAAAUAAAAUUUGAUGAAGACCAUUUAAAACAUAUUUUCAAGAAAACUAUUGACAAACAGUCAGGAAAUAUUAUUAGCAUGGACGACUUCAGAGCAAUUUAUCGAGCUCUUGUACACAGGCCUGAAUUUGAAGAACUAUUCAAGGCUUACUCGACAGAUGGCAAAAUUCUACCUGACAGCCAGCUCCUUAAAUUUCUUAUAAAAGAACAAUUUCAAACUGAAGCUAAUGAAACAACUGCCUUAGAAAUUAUUAUGAAGUAUGAACCCAUUGAUGAAGUGAGGAAGAAAAGGCAGUUGUCAUUUGAAGGAUUUAUAAGAUACCUGAACUCAGACGAAUGUUCAAUAUUUAAAAGCCAGCACAAGACCGUCUAUCAAGAUAUGAACCAGCCAUUAUGUGACUAUUUUAUUUCAUCUUCUCACAACACCUACUUGAUAGCUGACCAGCUAAUGGGACCCAGUCACUUAUGGGGCUAUAUCAGUGCUCUGUUAAAAGGAUGCCGUUGCCUGGAGAUUGACUGCUGGGAUGGCACCAACAACGAACCUAUUGUGUAUCAUGGUCACACUUUAACAAGCAAAAUUCCAUUUCGCUCUGUAAUUCAUGUGAUUGACAAGUAUGCAUUUAUGUCAUCUGCCUAUCCAGUUAUACUGUCUCUGGAGAACCACUGCAGCCCUAAACAGCAGGAAGUAAUGGCAGACUGCUUGAAAAGUAUUCUAGGUGACAAACUUCUCACUACACCAAUUGGUGGUGCAGUAGAUAUGACUGAACUGCCUUCUCCUGAGGCAUUAAAAUUCAAAGUUCUGAUAAAAAAUAAAAAAGUUGGAACAAUUGAGGAAGGUCUGCUCAGGAUGGAUGCUGAAUAUGGUGGUGAGACAGAGGAACUGAGUGACUCUGAAUCUGAGUCUGAGGAUGACGACGCACAUGACACGUUACCUCUUCAGCCAUCAAGGAGUCCCACCAGAAGAAGAAGAGAUCAUAGACUUUCACCCCCACCUCAAAAAAAACCAAAGGUGAGAAAGGGAAAGAUUGCCCUUGCAUUGUCAGACCUCGUGGUUUAUACCAAAUCUCAGAAGUUUGUGAGCUUUGAGCAUUCCCUGCAGCAUCAGCAGUGUUAUGAAAAUAAUUCAGUUGGAGAGAGUGCAGCACGAAAACUUUUAAGAUCUUCAGCUAAAGAGUUUAUUUCACAUACUACAAGAUUUAUUACAAGAAUUUACCCCAAGGGAACAAGAAUGAGCUCGUCAAAUUAUAAUCCUCAGGAGUUCUGGAAUGUAGGGUGUCAGAUGGUGGCCUUAAACUUCCAAACACCGGGAACACAAAUGGAAUUGCAAGAUGGAAAAUUCCUGGACAAUGGUGGUUGUGGCUAUGUGCUGAAACCUGUAUUCUUGAGGGAUCGCAAUACCACAUUUACACCCCGAAAUGUGGGAGGAUACAGCAAACCAAUGUCUCUGUCAAUAAGGCUGAUCAGUGGCCAUCAGUUACCACCCAGCAGCAUCUCUAGGACCAACAAAGCUGACCCCACAGUGCAGAUAGAAAUCUAUGGUGUACCAGAGGACCAAACAAGAAAGAAAUCUAGUAUUGUAAGAAGCAAUGCUUUGAGCCCUAAAUGGAAUGAAACAUUCUCUUUUAACAUCCAAGUUCCAGAACUGGCAAUGAUACGCUUCUGCGUUCAGGAUGAGAUUUCUCUGUGUAACAACGAAUUCCUUGGCCAGUACACUUUACCUGUGAUGAGCCUGAAUACAGGUUACCGUAACAUUCCAUUGAUAUCCAAAGAAGGCAUCAAGCUGGAACCUGCAUCACUCUUUAUUCAUAUUUCAUAUUAUCGAUGAUAUUCUGCAGAAGAAAUCAUUAAAAUAACAUCUGUGGCUUUGCAACAGCCCCAGUGGCCUGAUUCCCAGAGAGGCACAUUCACAAUGAUUUUGUGAAG